AUGACAAUGCGAGGUGUCUCGAACAAAUUGGUGCUAUCGAUUAUUUUACUGUUACACCAUGGAAAUGAUUUCGCAACGGGAAUCGAAGGAGUGUGCAAGUCGAGAUCAAACCACGAUGCAUACGUGCCAUCGAACGACCUGUGUCAGGAUAAUGUUAUCUCGGAUGACAAUUUACUCGUCAUCGAACGAUACAGACCGAAUAAGGAGUCCAGUCGCCUCUCGGAUUUUGACGUAACAGAUGUUUUGGUGUUUACUGUUGCCUCCAACGAAACGGACGGCUUCCGAAGGUACUUGCGGUCAGUCGAGAUCCAUGGAUUUCGCGAUAACUUGAACGUACUUGGGCUAGGCGAGACCUGGAGAGGCGGCAAUAUGUUAAGUUUAGGCGGUGGAUAUAAGGUCAAUCUUCUUAAAAAAGCGUUGGAAAAGCAUCGGAACGAUGAGAAAAAGAUCAUUUUAGUUACUGACAGUUACGACGUGAUAUUUCUCGGCGGUCUGUCCGCUAUCGUCGAGCGGUUCCUGGAUACCGGCGCGCGAGUUUUGUUCUCCGCGGAAAGGAAUUGCUGGCCAGACAAAUCUUUGGCGGACCACUAUCCGUCCGUAUCGAGGGGCAAACGGUACCUAAAUUCGGGCGGUUUCAUCGGAUAUGCGACCGACGUGUACGAGAUUCUGGACACUGCCGACGUCAAGGAUGAAGACGAUGACCAACUGUUCUACACCACUGUGUAUCUACGUAGUGAGCUUCGCAUGCGGCACAAGAUCAAGCUGGACCACAAAUCCGAGAUAUUCCAGAAUCUCUACGGUGCGGUAGCCGACGUGGAGCUCAGGUUUAAGGGAGAAGAGUCUUAUCUCCAAAACAUCGUCUACAACACGGUGCCGCUGGUACUUCACGGCAACGGGCUCAGCAAACUCGUCCUAAAUUCCUUGGGCAAUUAUCUAGCCCGCGCCUGGACGCCAGACGAAGGAUGUCUAGCCUGCUGGGACCAAACUAUCGAGCUCGACAGAAGCAAGCCGGAAACGUAUCCUGUUAUCCUGAUAGCCAUUUUCAUCGAACAGCCUACGCCGUUCCUGGAAGAGUUUUUCCGAGCUAUCCAUCGUCAAACUUAUCCAAAGUCGAGGCUACACUUAUUCGUUCACAACAAUGUUGCCUAUCACGAGAGCGUGGUGGAUCACUUUUUCGAGUCGGUCAGCAAGGAAUAUCUGAGCGCGAAGCAAGUAUUGCCGAAUGACGGGAUCAGCGAAGUCGAGGCGAGAAAGUUGGCAAUGGAACAUUGCUUGUUGAAGAAAUGCUCUGGGUACCUGUCGGUCGACGCGAUCGCGCACUUGGACAACGAACACACGCUGAAGCUACUGGUGGAGCAGCAGAGGGGUAUCGUUGCGCCUUUGCUGGUUCGACCGUACAAAGCGUGGAGUAACUUCUGGGGGGCCAUAACGGACGACGCAUUUUAUGCGAGGAGCUUUGACUACAUGGAGAUAAUAAAGAACGAACGCAGAGGACUAUGGAACGUACCGUUCGUCACCAACUGCUACCUGAUCAACGCGACAAUCAUAGGGAACAAGGCGACGCGGCCGUCCUACGAGGAUGGUGGCCUAGACACGGAGAUGGCGUUUGCACAAGGUAACCGGCGGAGCGGCCUGUUCAUGUACGUCAGCAACAGGCUCGAUUUCGGCCACCUCGUCAACCCCGAGACCUACAACAUCCAGCUUACCCAUCCGGACAUGUACCAAAUCAUGGACAACAAGUUGGACUGGGAGAAGCGGUACAUUCAUCCGAAUUACAGCGAGAGUUUUCAUCCUGACAAGAAGCCGAUACAGCCGUGUCCCGACGUCUAUUGGUUCCCCAUCGCGACUCUCAGGUUCACCAGAGAACUCAUAGGAAUCGUGGAGUCCUAUGGACAGUGGUCUGACGGAACUAAUCACGAUCCACGAUUGUCGGGUGGUUACGAGAACGUGCCGACCCGCGACAUUCAUAUGAAUCAAGUUCAAUACGAACCACAGUGGUUGUACUUCUUAAAAGAAUACGUUAGGCCGUUGCAGGAACUCGUCUUCACCGGCUACUUCCACGACCCACCGCGGUCGCUCAUGAAUUUCGUCGUGAGAUAUCGUCCAGACGAGCAACCGUCCUUAAAGCCUCAUCACGACUCCUCGACUUACACCAUCAACAUCGCCCUGAAUCAAGCGGAAGUGGAUUACGAGGGCGGUGGAUGCAGAUUUAUCCGGUACAACUGCUCGGUCACCGAUACGAAGCCCGGCUGGAUGCUGAUGCAUCCCGGGAGAUUGACGCACUAUCACGAGGGCCUGCGAGUAACUGCAGGAACGCGUUACAUCAUGAUCUCCUUCGUGGAUCCGUGAUAAAACUCGAGCGCAACCCGCGAGUCGUAAGACCUGCCGCACUGCCAGAAGCACGCUGUACCGAAAAACUGCAGAAGCCCCUAUCUAGAACGAAGAAUAUCAAAAGAGGAGAAAGACAGGAAGUAAAACACUGGAAGAAACUCCACCCUGAAUGUGUUCAUCGUCAUCACCAGGAAUCGUCACUGACUGGAGCGAAUAGUGCAUUUAAUAAAGGGGAGAGCUGCUUUUAAUCAAUGUACAAUAUUAUUAUAUUAUUUUUGUACUCCAAUGUAAAUGCGCAGUCCAAUCGUGUUUCACAGUUAACGAUUGCAAAUUUAUACGAGAUAACAAAAUUGUAAUAUAUAUGUAUGUCGUAUCGUUGCAAUAAUCGUAUCUGUUAAUGACUAAGCGACUUGCAACAUACAAUAUGAACGGUCCAAUAAUAAAAUUUAUUGCAAUGAGGA